AUGAUCUCUCGUCACGACGACGGCGCCGUCUCUGCCCACCCAGCCAAUGUCCAGCCUGCCUGGAUCACCUCACACGUCAACCAGCGUGAGCCCAGCAGCGAGGUCGAUCCGAUGAGGUCUCCUGAUUCCGGAGGCCUCAGCGGUGUUGCUGCUGGCGGAUACUCAGCGGCACUCAAUAGCGGGCUCCAGGUCGGCAGCCACGGCGGGCACGCCCGCCUUGGCGAGCUAUCAUUGGUGUUUGCGACGCCUCAUCUCUCAGCGCUAGAUGUCCACAGUGGCAGUGCUGAAACUGUCCAGUUUGCACAAUGUGAAGUUAUCUCCAGGGCCCCUCGCGCCAACAUCAACAUUGUCAAUGUGAAAGCAAAUUGCUGGCCUCGGCAGUAG